AAAAAAAGGAAACAAGCAGUUCCCCAAGACGAUGCUCUGUGGUUUAACAACUGUGGUUAUUCUGUCUACAAGUCAGAUAGAACUCAACAGAAGGACUGUAGCGAUGGCGGAGGAGGAGGUCAGCUACGCUUCAGUUGUAUUCAAAACUAACAAGCGUUCCCCACCUGAAGCUAAUAAGGAGGAGGAAACUGUGUACAGUGAUGUGAAGGUGCGAAGCAAAACAACCGAAAAGACUGCUGACACAAACAUCUCAGCAGGACUUUUGCCAGACAAGAAAACAAACAGCAGAGGUCGCUGCUAUCAGCAGGUGGCUUGUUGUUUGGGGAUUCUUUGUGUCAUUUUGCUGUUGGGCAUCAUAGCAGUCUGUGUCUACAUUGUUACAUUUAUCCAUGAAAGUGAACCGAAUCAGCUGAAAGAAAACCAAACGAUUCUACUGGCUCUCAAUGGAAACCUGACAAACCAGAACAACAAACUCAGCUCAGAAAAUGAAAAGCUGAGGAGGGAACACAACAAUCUGACAGUCCAGUUGGAGAACCUGACACAAGCCUAUACUGUCUUAAAAAGCAACAUCACAAACCUGUCUGCAGAAAACCAGAACCUGACAUCACAAAACACCAAGCUGUCUGCAGAAAACCAGAACCUGACAUCACAAAACACCAAGCUGUCUGCAGAAAACCAGAACCUGACAUCACAAAACACCAAGCUGUCUGCAGAAAACCAGAACCUGACAUCACAAAACACCAAGCAGUUGGAGACAGAGAGGAACAACUUAACAGAACAGAUACGGAACAUGGAGACAAAGUGGAAUGAGCUCAACGUCAGUCGAGCUCAGUGGAGCAUUGAUGCCUACUGCCCAAAACCACAAAACCAAAACAGAACGUGUAAAGCUUGUCAGGAUGGUUGGACACUCUCAGAAUCCAGCUGCUAUGCGAUUAAUAACCCUGAUGUUCCUGGUCAGAAAACCUGGGAAGAAGCUCGAGAAAACUGCAGAGGAAAGAUUUCAGAUCUGGUUGUUAAACUUGAUCAAAAGGAGAAGGAAUAUGUCAACUUUAACUGGGGCAGUUAUGGCUACUGGAUUGGCCAGAGAGCUGAAGCUGGAAAUUGGACGUGGAUCAAUGGAACUUUUCUAAAGACUCAAGACUACUUGACAGGACCACCUUCUGGUGAAGCUCAUUGUGUGAUUUCUGUCGGAGGGACACCUUCCAAGAGCUGGAAAGCUGUGAAGUGUGAUGAGAAACAUCGAUGGAUCUGUGAGAAGAAAGCUUUAUCUGUUUAAGAUCUGUAAUCAGAACUGAAGAGAUUACUGGAUAGUCUGCACAGAUGAAUGACGCGUACAAUAACAUCAGCUGGCUUGUAAAAAAGAAAAUGUGUAAAAUUCUACUUAAGAAUUUGCUGGAUUUAGCCAGCACAAAAAAGACAGAUCUUUGUGUGUGUAUAUAUGUAAUACAGUUUUGUAUUACUGAUCAGUUUUUAGAAAACUACAGUGUCAACAGGGGGCGCUAAAGUGCUAAUAACAUCAAAUAUGGAUUUCUUUUACUUUGAUAGAGCCAAAUGUAGAGGUGUAUGUGCAUGUAGAGGUGACAGGUUUGAUGUUCUCUAUCUGCCUUAUAUGUUUCUAUCUUAAAGCAGCUAGUGAAUAAAUAUGUUACGCUGUGACAUGUUUAAGAA